UGAAUUUUGUUGGCUGAUAUGUAUAUUUUAAUUGUUGGCUCACUACUACAAAUCCCUUAGUUUUUGGACGCUAUUUGCUUGAUGCUCGGUAUCAAGCGUUAGCCAAAAAAUUUAUUUCCGUGUUUUUUCGACGCUUUUAAGCGUCACCAUUGGAUCUCGACACAUAAAAGCGUCGAAAAAAAGACAAGUGAUUUGCACGUGACACAGUUCAUAUCCCGGGACUUGAAAAUUUCAGAAAAAAAAAAAAAAAAAAGCGGGCUAAAUUAAACCAAAAAAAAAAAAAGAAAGAAAAAAAGAAAACCGCCAUAUACGUAUACAGCAGACAGAAGAAAUAAAAUAAAAUAACAUAAAAUAAAAACCCUUUAGCUCCCCAAUCCCCAUUAUCGAAAUAAACAGUACAACGAUGGAAUUGAACCCUAACUCUUCUUUGCUUGCUCAUAAUCGCUCUCAUCUAAUCUCUUAAACCACUUAAAAUUGUUGAAUUUUCGUUUCUCUCUUCAAUAUUAUCUUUAAUUUUCGGUAAUCUCCUUGUUAUAGGCAUCAAUUUCGUAGGUUUUGGUGGAUAUAUCAUUCACUCGAAUUAAGUUGCUUAAUCUGAAUUUUUGUUUAUUCAUUGCAUGUAUGGGAAUUCUUCAUCAAACGACCGACGUAGAGAGGUGAAGAAUUUAUAUCACAGGUGACAGAGGAGGAGCUUAUCUAGAAAUUGUUCUAAUUGUGAUAGUUGCUGCACUUAGCGAGUUGGCCGAGGAGUUUCCAUCAUCUUACUAUGAAGGGAUGAAAAUAAUCAAAGACUUGGGAUUAGGAUAUGAAAAAAUCCAUGCAUGUCCAAAUGAUUGCAUGUUAUAUUGGGGGGAAUUUGCUGAUGAAAUUAAGUGUCAUAUUUGUCAUACAUCAAGGUGGAAAACUAUGAAAGGGAAGGAGGGUGACAAAAUUGAGAAAGGGAAUGAAUCAGUUAAGAAAGGUGAGCCAGCUAAAGUUAUGCGAUAUUUUCCUCUCAUACCUAGACUAAAGAGGCUUUACAUGUCUUCUAAAACAGCAGAGGAUAUGAGAUGGCAUUUUAACCGGGAGGAUGAUAAGAUCCUAAGGCACCCUGCAGAUGGUGUUGCUUGGAAAAAAUUUGAUGAAAAAUAUAAGGAAUUUUCUGCCGACCCUCGCAGUGUUAGAUUGGGAUUAGCUAGUGAUGGUUUUAAUCUAUAUCGUCUAAUGAAUACCAAUUACAAUACAUGGCCAGUGGUUUUGAUUCCUUACAAUCUUCCACCAUGGAUCUGCAUGAAGUCAGCAUCUUUCAUUUUGUCCUUGAUUAUUCCCGGUAAAUAUGGUCCUGGUAUUGAUAUUGAUGUAUACUUGCAACCAUUAAUACAUGACUUGAAAUUGUUGUGGAAAGGUGUAAAUGCUUUUGAUGCUUACACUGGAAAAUAUUUUAACAUGCGAGCGGCCUUACACUCCACAAUAAAUGACUUCCCAGCAUGUGCUAUGUUGUCGGGAUGGAGUACCAAAGGUUAUAAAGCUUGCCCUUCUUGUGCUGAUUCCACUUAUUCAUAUAGAUUUGGUGGUAAAAUUGUCUUCCCUGGACAUCGAAAAUGGUUACCAAUUGAUCAUCCUUAUCGUUCUGAAACUCAAUUAUUUGAUGGGAAAGAAGAGUACGGUUUUGCUCCAAUCCCUUUAAGUGGGACCGAUGUUUUGAAGCAGCUAGAAAAGGUUAAGUAUGUUUACGGAACUUUGAAAAAAGCUUCUAACAAAAGGAAAAAUAGAGGAACAACAGAUAUUGAUGAUGAUUAUCAAGCUGAUGUCGAUGAUGUUAUAUGGCGUAAGCAAAGUGCAUUUUUUGAAUUGGAAUAUUGGGAACAUAAUCUUCUUAGACAUAGUUUAGAUGUAAUGCACAUUGAGAAGAAUGUGUGUGAUAAUCUAUUAGGAACUCUAUUAGAUAUGGAUAAAAGUAGAGAUGAUCCAGAAGCUAGAAAGGCUCUUGAGAAGAAAAACAUUAAACCUCAUCUUUGGCUUCAAUCUCAUCCUAAUCGGGCUAAAAAAUAUAUGCCUCCAGCUGCAUACACCAUGUCUAAUGAAGAGAAGGAACGAUUUCUAAGAGUGUUAAAAAAACUUAAAGUUCCUGAUGGAUAUGGGUCUAAUUUACAAAGAUGUGUCAAUUUGAAGCAGCAAAAACUUAUUAAUUUGAAAAGCCAUGACAACCAUAUCCUUAUGCAAGAUAUCCUUCCAGUUGCUUUUUAAGAGCAUCAAAUGCCACAAAAGUUAUUGACUUGCUUGAGGAGUUGUCGUACUUUUUCAAGAAGAUAUGUUCACCCGCUAUUGACAUUGAAGAACUAGAUUCCAUUCAAAAAAAGCUUGUGUUAACUCUUUGUAGAAUGGAGAUAGAGUUUCUACCGACAUUUUUCACCAUCAUGGUUCAUUUGCUCAUUUAGGAGUCCAAGCUAGCUACUUACUGCUAGUUUAGAUUUAACAAGAGGUCUAAUUUAGCCUUUUCGACAUUUUGGCGAAACCUCGAGCAACCUUGCAAACUGUGACAUUUGAACUUGUCUUUUGCUUAGAAGUUCAAUUAUGGGGAUGGAAAUUUGUAAGUUAAAUAUGAAAACAAGUUGGAACACCAUGGCAUGAACAAUUUCAAGAAAACUCUCACAUUCACAACAAGAGUUAGAGAAGAUUAAUGAAGUAAAUAUAUAUUCAUUUUUUUGAGAAGUUUGUGUUAAUACUCGUGUUUGUUAUUAGUGUUCAUGCUCCAAUUUUUUUCGUAGAAGGAUAUGGUCUUCCA